AUGAAGUCCCACGGUAACCCUUUCAUUAUCGUUAGGGAGCAGGAUAAGAAGACUCGUACAAGGGGCGUUGAUGCUAUUAAAUCACAUAUCUUAGCUGCGCGUACUGUCGCAAAUAUUAUUAAAACUUCUCUUGGUCCGCGUGGCCUCGAUAAGAUUAUGAUUAGCCCUGAUGGCGAUAUCACAGUCACAAACGAUGGCGCAACGAUAUUGAGUUUAAUGGAGGUGGACAACCAAGUCGCUAAACUUAUGGUUAGCUUAUCCAAAUCUCAAGACGAUGAGGUCGGUGAUGGUACUACUGGUGUCGUUGUUCUUGCAGGCGCUAUGCUCGAUCAAGCUAUCGGUCUUCUCGACAGAGGUAUCCACCCAAUCAGAAUCGCUGAUGGUUUCGAUAGAGCUUGUAAAAUUGCUGUUAGCGAGCUUGACGGUAUCUCUGACUCUGUUGAAUUCAGCCAGGAUGGUAAAGGUCCUGGUACCGCUGCCCUCUACAAGGCUGCUUCUACUUCAUUAGGUUCAAAGAUCGUCUCGGCUCACUCUAAAUUCGCUCAAAUCGCUGUUGACGCCGUUCUCUCCGUCGCUGACAUUGAACGUCGUGAUGUUGACUUUGAAUUGAUCAAGGUUGACGGUAAAGUUGGUGCUUCUCUUGAGGAUACUUCCCUAGUACAAGGUGUUGUCGUCGAUAAGGAUAUGUCUCAUCCACAAAUGCCUAGAUUCAUCAAGGACGCUAAAAUUGCUAUCCUAACCUGUCCAUUUGAACCUCCACGUCCAAAGACCAAGCAUAAGCUUGACAUUGGUUCCGCCGAUGAGUACAAAAAGCUCGAAGCCUACGAAAAGGAAAAAUUCGCUGAUAUGAUUAAGAAAGUUAAGGACUCAGGUGCUAAUUUGGUCAUCUGUCAAUGGGGUUUCGAUGACGAAGCUAACCACUUGUUGAUGCAAAACGACUUACCUGCCGUACGUUGGGUGGGCGGUCCAGAGAUUGAGCUUAUCGCCAUCGCAACAAACGGUCGUAUCGUACCAAGAUUUGAAGAUCUUUCUGCUGAUAAGUUGGGUCACGCUGGCGUUGUAAGAGAAAUUGGUUUCGGUACAACAAGAGAUAGGAUGCUUGUUAUUGAAGAGUGUGCAAACUCAAGAGCCGUCACUGUCUUUGUUAGAGGAUCGAACAAGAUGAUAAUCGACGAAGCCAAGCGUGCACUCCACGACGCAAUCUGCGUUGUUCGUAACUUGGUAGUUGAUAAUCGUGUUGUAUAUGGUGGUGGAGCAGCGGAGAUUGCCUCAUCGAUAGCUGUCACAAAGGCUGCAGACGAGACUGCUUCAAUUGAACAAUAUGCCAUGAGAGCUUUCUCACAAGCUUUGGACGCUAUCCCAUUAGCAUUGGCUGAGAACUCUGGUCUUUCGCCUAUUGAAACGCUCUCAGAUGUCAAGUCACACCAGGUCAACGACAAGAAUCCAAACCUUGGUAUCGACUGUAUGGGUAGAGGCAGCAGUGACAUGAAAGCACAAAAUGUACACGAUCCACUUGUUUCAAAGAGACAGCAAUACCUCUUGGCAACUCAGCUCGUGCGCGCUAUUCUCAAAAUUGAUGAUGUUAUCACAGCAGGUGGAGAUAUGUAA